CACGUCAAUGAGCCCCUCCCCCUACAGCUUCAGUUCAGAACCACGGUCAGCUCUCAGCGCGCGCUGAUCUCAUUGUCACUAAAUAGUCGGUACCGUUCGGUACUAAAUCGAAAGACUGCCAGAGGAAACCAGCAAAACAGCAGCAGUGAAUUGUUUUUCCGACACUCCCCGUGUUAUCUUCCAUUAAAUCCGUUAUGGUAAACGGAGAGUUAAACGAAAAAAACACGUAAGCAGCAACAAUUUAAAUCGGUGGACGACUGCUGGCUGUUGGAGCGGCUUUUUCUCUCGCGCUGAGGAGAAGCAAGAACUUGCGUUGAAAUGUUGGACCCAUCCUCCAGCGAGGAGGAGGCGGAUGAGGUUUUGGAAGAAGAGUGCAAAGUGGUGGCUGCGCCCAAGGCUGGUGGUCCUCGGGUGUCUCCAAGCAGGACCAGCGAAAGCUCUGGUGGUUUACAACCAAGCCGAAUCGCUAAUGCCCGACCAACGAGCCCGAGCCCCUCAGUGGCGAUCGAUAAUGAAAAGGAUGAUUUGGAAAAGAUGCAAAGGGAAGAAGAGGAGAAAAAGAAGAGGCUUCAGCUUUACGUCUUUGUGAUGCGCUGUAUUGCCUAUCCGUUUAAUGCGAAGCAGCCGACCGACAUGGCGAGACGACAGCAAAAGAUCAGCAAGCAACACCUUCAGACAGUUAAAGAUCGUUUCCAGGCCUUCCUGAGUGGAGAUACUCAGAUUGUAGCCGAUGAAGCCUUCAUCAAUGCUGUCCAAAGUUACUACGAGGUGUUCCUUAAAAGCGACCGUGUGUCUCGUAUGGUCCAAAGUGGUGGUUGCUCCGCCAGUGACUCCCGUGAGGUCUUCAAGAAGCACAUCGAGAAACGUGUUCGCAGCCUGCCAGAGAUUGAUGGUUUGAGCAAGGAGACGGUCCUGAGCUCGUGGAUCGCCAAGUUCGAUACCAUCUACAGGGGAGAGGAAGACCCACGCAAACACCAGCAGCGCAUGACAGCCAGCGCUGCCUCUGAGCUCAUUCUCAGCAAGGACCAGCUGUAUGAGAUGUUCCAACAGAUUCUUGGCAUUAAGAAGUUCGAGCACCAGCUGCUGUAUAAUGCUUGUCAGUUGGAUAAUCCUGAUGAACAGGCUGCCCAGAUCAGAAGAGAGCUGGAUGGAAGACUCCAAAUGGCUGAUCAGUUCACAAAAGCUGGCAGGUUCCCUAAGUUUGUGUCCAGGGACAUGGAGGCCAUGUACAUUGAGGAGCUGAAGUCAUCAGUGAACCUGCUGAUGGCUAAUCUGGAGAGCAUGCCGGUGUCAAAAGGAGGAGAUUUUAAACUGCAGAAGCUCAAGAGAGGCCAUAACACCUCCAUCAUGGACAUGGGCCAGGAGGACGAGAAUCAGCUCUCCAAGUCUGACGUAGUUUUGUCUUUCACACUGGAGGUGGUGAUUAUGGAGGUACAGGGUCUAAAGUCUUUAGCACCAAACCGGAUUGUUUACUGUACCAUGGAAGUGGAAGGCGGACAGAAACUUCAGACUGACCAGGCAGAGGCCUCCAAACCAACUUGGGGUACUCAAGGAGACUUCACCACCACUCACCCACUUCCAGCUGUAAAGGUGAAACUCUUCACAGAGAGUACAGGAGUGCUGGCACUGGAGGACAAAGAGCUGGGACGGGUUGUGUUGCAUCCAACACCCAAUAGUCCCAAACAAUGUGAGCUCCAUAAAAUGACUGUUGCCAAAGGUUGCCCAGAUGGCCUGAAGAUCAAAUUGGCUGUGCGUAUGGACAAACCACAGAACAUGAAGCACUGUGGUUACCUUUGGGCCAUUGGGAAAAACCUGUGGAAAAGAUGGAAGAAGAGGUUCUUCGUCUUGGUUCAGGUGAGCCAGUACACCUUUGCCAUGUGUAGCUACAGGGAGAAGAAAGCAGAACCUGUUGAACUUCUCCAACUGGACGGAUACACUGUGGAUUACACCGACCCUCAGCCAGGUCUGGAUGGUGGUCGGACAUUCUUCAAUGCUGUGAAAGAGGGAGACACUGUGAUCUUCGCCAGCGAUGAUGAGCAAGAUCGAAUCCUGUGGGUUCAAGCGAUGUAUCGUGCCACAGGCCAGUCCCACAAACCCGUGCCCCCGACCCAGGUGCAGAAACUCAACGCCAAAAAAGGGACAGCACCACAGCUUGAUGCUCCCAUCUCUCAGUUCUAUGCAGACCGAGCACAGAAACAUGGAAUGGAUGAGUUCAUCUCGGCUAACCCCUGCAAUUUUGACCACUCUUCGCUGUUUGAGACGGUUCAGCGGUUGACACUGGACCACAGACUCAAUGAUUCAUACUCCUGUUUGGGUUGGUUCAGUCCAGGGCAGGUUUUCGUAUUAGAUGAGUACUGUGCCAGGUACGGAGUGCGAGGGUGUCACAGGCACCUGUGUUACCUGAAUGACCUGCUGGAGAGAGCAGAGAAAGGGUCCAUGAUCGACCCCACACUACUGCACUACAGCUACGCCUUCUGCGCCUCUCAUGUUCACGGCAACAGUCAAAGAGUGAAUGAGCUACUACAAUGGCCCAUGUCAGAGACCGAGCUGCUUAGUUCUCUGUUUCCCUCCCCCCCUGAGCCCUUGACCCCAUCUAAGAAAGAGAACAAAAUCAUGGAGGUCUGGAGAAAAAGCAAGUCGCAGGUGCUCGCAGGCUCCAGAAGGCCUGAUGGAAUCGGUACUGUCACAGUCGAAGAGAAGGAACGGUUCGAGGAGAUCAAAGAACGACUCCGCGUGCUGCUCGAAAACCAGAUCACACACUUCAGGUAUUGUUUUCCAUUUGGACGCCCAGAAGGAGCCUUAAAAGCCACGUUGUCACUGCUUGAAAGGGUUUUAAUGAAGGACAUUGUGACAGCUGUACCUCAGGACGAGGUGAAGGCAGUGAUUCGUAGAUGUCUGGAGCAGGCAGCUUUAGUGAACUACCAGCGUCUCUCAGAAUAUGCCAAGGUGGAAGGGAAAAAGAGAGAAAUGUAUGAGCAUCCUGUCUUCUGUUUGGCCUCACAAGUGAUGGAUUUAACAAUUCUAAAAAAAUCUCAGAGGGAUCAGAAGGAUCCAGAAAAUGUAGGGCGCUUAAUCACACCUGCCAAAAGGCUUGAGGACACGCUCCGUCUGGCCGAGCUGGUCAUAGAGGUUCUCCAGCAGAAUGAGGAACAUCACGCAGAGGCAUUUGCAUGGUGGUCAGAUCUGAUGGUUGAACAUGCCGAGACAUUUCUGUCUCUAUAUGCUGUGGACAUGGACGCGGCACUGGAGGUCCAACCACCAGACAGCUGGGACAGCUUCCCUCUCUUUCAGCUUCUCAACGACUUCCUGCGCAUUGACUAUAAUUUAUGUAAUGGGAAGUUUCAUAAGCACCUUCAAGACCUGUUUGCCCCUCUAGUGGUGAGGUAUGUGGAUCUAAUGGAGUCCUCCAUAGCUCAGUCCAUACACAGAGGAUUUGAACGAGAGUCUUGGGAACCUGUCAAGAGUUUAACGAGUAAUCUACCCAGUGUCAACCUACCAAAUGUGAAUCUACAAAUGCCUAAAGUACCAAAUCUACCAUUGUCAGUUAAUCUGCCACCAAUGCAAAUGCCUAGCUUUUCCACCCCCAACUGGAUACCGGGUUUAUCUGAUACUGAUAAUGGUUCGGGGACUUCUGAAGAUUUGUUUUGGAAGCUGGAUGCAUUGCAGACAUUCAUCAGAGACCUGCACUGGCCUGAAGAGGAGUUUGCCAAACACCUGGAGAGCCGACUCAAACUCAUGUCCAGUGACAUGAUCGAGUCCUGUGUAAAAAGAACUAGAGCAGCCUUCGAGGUGAAGUUGCAGAAGAGUCCACGCACUACAGACUUUCGUGUACCUCAAUCCAUAUGCACCAUGUUCAAUGUAAUGGUGGACGCCAAGGCCCAGUCGGCCAAACUAUGUGCCAUGGAGCUCAGCCAAGAGUUUGUUAGAGAAUGGAGACAGUACCACUCGCAAAUUGACAACCUCAUCGAGGAGACGGUGAAAGAAAUGAUUACUUUACUUGUGGCAAAGUUUGUUGUGAUCCUAGAGAGUGUUCUGGCAAAGUUGUCACGUUAUGAUGAGGGCACACUUUUUUCCUCCUUCCUGUCAUUUACAGUAAAAGCUGCUUCAAAAUAUGUGGACGUACCUAAACCUGGAAUGGAUGUUGCCGACAGCUAUGUGACAUUCGUUCGUCACUCUCAGGAUGUCUUGCGGGACAAGGUCAAUGAGGAGAUGUAUAUAGAAAGGUUAUUUGAUCAAUGGUACACCAGCACAAUGAAUCUCCUGGGCACCUGGCUGACAGACCGCAUGGACCUGCAGUUGCACGUGUAUCAGCUGAAAAUCCUCAUCAGAAUUGUAAAGAAAAAGUAUCGUGAUUUCCGGCUACAAGGUGUGUUGGACUCCACUCUGAACAGCAAGAUGUAUGAAACGGUGAGAAACAGGCUGAUUCUAGAAGAGGCUACAGCAUCUGUUAGAGAGGGAGGCAUGCAAGGCAUAUCCAUGAAGGACAGCGAUGAGGAAGAUGACUAGAUCCUGCUGGAGACAAUUAGGUGUGGACAAUUCGCUCAGCCACAUCUAUCAUGGCCUAAAACGAUGAAUGUACCACUGUCCAUCACACGUACAUGUCUGGAUGUUGUUAACUUUAUGCUCUAUGGCAUCAAGGGACCACCUUCAAUUAAAAUGAAACAAAAAUAUAUUAAUUUCCAUUCAGAUGACAAAAACAAAAGCGUAUAUUAACCAAACAUAAAAUUUAUUAGACAGUUUUUUUUUUUUUUGGAGUUAAUCAAAAUGUCUGACAUUCAUUACUAAAUGUUUCUAAGCAAUAUGGAGUACCAUUUGUAAACGAUGUUGUGUGAGAUGGUAAGGAAUACUGCUCAUCGUGUCCCUGUACAAUGCUUCUUACUUCAAUGUAUUGUAAAUACAGUAAUGGUAUAUAACUGUGCAUAGACCUUGUUUCUUUUGGAGUGUAGGCCAACUGACAUGAUUGUAUUAACUUGUUCAGAUGUUUAUAUAUUCAGCUCGCAAAUCCACAAUGUGUUUACACCCACUGUUUUAUGGCACUUUUUUUUUUUUACAAAUUGGGUAAGGUGAUAUGUUUGUAGCUGUAUUUUAGAGAUGCAAUAGAUUCCCAUAGUUUAA